AUGCGCUGGCCUUUGCAUAAGCUGUUCGCUCCCUGGGAACCUCCAUCCCCAUCGCUGUCUGCUUGUUGAACUUCAGAAUCUGCAAGCGUCAGCUCAGAAGUCACUUAUUCCUGAAGCUUUACUCAGAGCCCCCCCCCCCCAGGCUGUUGCUGCCCUCAGGCCGUCUUCUCACAGCACUGAUAACAGCUGUCCUUCCCCAUCCUCUCACCACGCCCACCCCACCGGAGGAAGUGAGGCCAGAGGGCAGGGACAGGGCUGCUGUCUUCUGUGUGCCACCAGGGCCCAGCAAAGGGAAUGUAGGGAGGGUGGGAGGUGCAGGGCAGCUGGGGUUAGGGGUUGAGGGCUGGGUGUUGGAGGCUGGAUCCUGCUUUAGUGGAAGUGUCCCUUUAACAGCGGCUGGCCUGGCCUGGCUCGGGCCCUGCUUUGCCUCCUGUUCAGCUGUGGCUGCAGCUGCCAUGCUGACUCAUGUGCCCGCAGCUAGCAGGAGCUGGCAGCAUGGGCUCCCCAGGGGCUACGACAGGCUGGGGGCUUCUGGAUUAUAAGACGGAGAAGUAUGUGAUGACCAGGAACUGGCGGGUGGGCGCCCUGCAGAGGCUGCUGCAGCUUGGGAUCGUGGUCUAUGUGGUAGGGUGGGCUCUCCUCACCAAAAAAGGCUACCAGGAGAGGGACCUGGACCCCCAGAUUUCCAUCACCACCAAACUCAAAGGGAUUUCCGUGACUCAGAUCAAGGAGCUUGGAAACCGGCUGUGGGAUGUGGCCGACUUCAUGAAGCCGCCUCAGGGAGAGAACAUGUUCUUCUUGGUGACCAGCUUCCUUGUGACGCCAGCCCAAGUUCAGGGCAGAUGCCCAGAGGCACUACAGACAGAGAUCCAGAAGAGCUCACUUUGUGCCGGGCGCGGUGGCUCACGCCUGUAAUCCUAGGACUUUGGGAGGCCGAG